UCUUUCUCUUUGCCUUUGAAUGACGAUUUCCAAUGCAAAGGUGCAGCAGAUGCGGGGGAGCUCCGGCAAAAUGUGUCGUCGCUUUCUCUCUCUCUCUCUCUCUCUCUCUCUCUCUCUCAAUGGACAAAGUUUCGAGGGCUCCAAAGAAGAGGGGUGAGGGCAAAAGAAGGUGGGGUUUGAGUUGGCCGUUGCUUCCUUCAAGCGCAUCGGAAAUCCGCAGUGUCGAUUGUAGGAAGGAAACGGCCAAGGGAAAGGUGGUGGCCCCGCUCCGCCCGCCUUCCUACCUGUCCAUGUUUCAAUCAAGGAUGGCUCCGGCGGCUAGAGAUGGCUAUGUAUUUGUACAACUGGACCGCAGUUACCCUUUGAGGGUGUCGUGGUAGGGAUAAGCAGUAUAUACAUUGGACGAUCAUGCAUGGCGGGAUGAUUACCUACCUGUAGGUAAGGUGGUGAGGAGACGUGAAAGUGUACGGUACUGCAUGGUGAGUUUCAAGGUAACACAGCAUGUUGAGGGCACGGCAGUCAUGGAAGGAAAUUGGGUGUCAGAACAUAUCGUUCGAUGCCCUUGGAGAAGCCAACAAAUUGCUAUAGUGUGCAGGGUCAAUUUGAGCUUGGAAAAUAGAACAAACCCCGAAAAAGCAAGUGCAGGACUGCAAGUGAGACGC